AUGGCCGACCAAUUAUUUUACGAAAUGCGCGGCUCGGAGCAGCGUGGUAAAACAUUGGGCAUUACCCAGCGUUCUACCCCUCUCGAGCAGCCGUGGACGGGAGAGAUGCGUGUGAGAUUUACCGAUUUCCAAGUUAACGAGAUUCGACCCGACUCAUCUGUCUUGCAUUUAUCCUCUGUUGGAAUCGAAGGUGAACAGACAAGCGCAUCACAGGUGGCUGAGCAAGCGCCGAAGGUCGAAGAACAGCCAGUGGAGGAGGACAAGCCAAUCGAGAAGCCAGAGAUCCCUGCAGAGGAUGUUGCUGUUCUUGAGAAGAUUGCCGGCAAGGCCUUUGCCGACGAGAUCAUGGCCAUGUACAAUACGCCGCAGACCGAAAACGGACCCAAGAUCAAACCCGUCACUUCGGGUAACAUUGACGACAAGCACACUCGCGGCCAGAUCCACCAAGAAGUCCGACGAAUCUUCCAAUCCCGCAUCGAUACAAGCACAAAUGGCGAUGGUACAAUUUGCGCGACGUUUCUUCAGCCCCGCAAGAACAAGAAGCGCAGCCGCCCCGGAGAAGGCAAGCCUCGCCGCGAGGAGGCCCCCAAAGGCGAAUAUCUUCACUUUACGCUGUUCAAGGAGAACCGCGACACAAUGGACGCCAUUAACCAGAUUGCUCGCAUGAUGAGAAUCAAACCGCAAAGCAUUGGCUAUGCCGGCACAAAGGACAGACGCGCAUCGACAACCCAACGUUGCUCCAUCCGCCGCACACACCCUAAAAGCUUAUCCGGUCUCAACGGUAAACUCUGGGGUAUGUCCACAGGAGACUACGAGUACAACGACGAGCCCAUUCAUCUAGGACAAUUGCUCGGCAAUGAGUUUGUCAUUACACUUAAAAACUGCAAGCUCGCCAACGACAACGGCACCAAGCCCGUUGCGGAAAAGGUUCAACUUCUACAGUCAAACGUCAGUGCCGCCAUCAGCCAUAUGAAAUCGCACGGAUGGGUCAACUAUUUCGGACACCAGCGCUUUGGUACGCACCAAAUCGGCACACACGAUAUCGGUCUGCUGAUCCUGGGCGACAAAUUCGAAGAAGCCGUCGACGCCAUCUUAGCCUACGACGAAGAGAUUGCAGAAAAGAUGGAAAAGGGCGAGCUUUCUCCCGAAGAAGCUAAGAAGGACGACUCAGUGCGUCAUCAAGCGUGUAUGUUGUUCUGCACCGGCAAAGAUAUCAACCGCGCUGCCAACUUGAUGCCCCGACGCUUCACAUCCGAGGUCUGUGUGCUUCGCCAUCUCACGCGCGGCACCGGAUCUCGCAGAGACUUUGUCGGCUCCAUUACUCACAUCACCCGCGGUAUGCGAUCCAUGUACAUGCACGCCUACCAGUCGUAUGUAUGGAACCACGCCGCAAGCAAGCGCUGGGAAGACUUUGGCGACAAGGUUGUGGCGGGAGACUUGGUUAUCGCCGAGAGCGAGCCGACGCCGCUGGUCGCUGGCCAAGACCAGGACGGCGACGACAUCAUCAACCCGGUGGAAGACGACGAUGAAGCCCCUCAACGCGCUCGCCCUCUUACAGAAGAAGAAGCGGCAAGUGGCAAGUACACCAUCUUCGACAUUGUCCUGCCGACGCCCGGCCAUGAGGUCGUCUACCCAUCCAACAGCAUCGGCACCUUCUAUGAAGAGUUUAUGGGCCGUGAAGAAAACGGAUCGCUUGACCCGCACAAGAUGCAGCGCAUGCGUCGAGAGUUUAGUCUGCCUGGCCGCUACCGCAAGUUUAUGAACCAGUUCUUGGGUACGCCGGCUGUGGAUAUCAAGGCAUAUGCCGACGACACAGAGCAGAUGCACCCUACAGACUUAGACAGGAUUAAGGGCGAGAUGGGCGAUGAGCCUGCUGCCAAAAAGGCCAAAACAAACGACGAGGCCGAAUCAAGCGACAGCAGUAACCCAGACAAGAUUGCCGCCAUUGUUAAAUUCCAACUCGGCAAGAGUGCUUACGCUACGGUUGCUCUGCGUGAGUUGAUGGGCAACCCUCCUGAUGGCGAGUAA